AUGGAGCAGGAGCAGGACCCGAUAGCUCUGGGUCAUGAUGUCCAGGUCGUUGAUCCAGAUGUCCGUGGCCAUGUUUAUAGCCUGGUAACUGCACUCGGAGGUUUCAAUGGCGAAGACGCAGACCGCUACGUCUUGGGUGAUGAUGCUCUGGCAUGUCUGCGCGAUAUCAAGCGGUGGCUAAAACUAUACGAUGAAAAAAACAACCGAAUGGACGUGGCACGAUGUCUGGGAGAAGCCAAUCUAGUGAAUGGCGAUCUACUUCCAAUUCUCUCACUCUGGUGGUCCAAUGGACAGAAGAACAAGCGCAUGACUCGCAUUGCUCUAGCGUGCUUGGAACUUCUCGUGCCAUUGACCUGGCCUGUCGAGUUUCAUAGCCAAAUGACCGUCAACCACCACCGCCAUACUCCAUACAUUCAACAAGCACAAGUACAAUACAAACGAGGUAUUCUCAAAAAUGGAGGAGCGGAUAUCCUACGUACGGUCAUACGAAUUGCGAUUCCCAGCAUGGCCCUUCCACGAUCUGAGCGUGAGGCCCGAGACGAAGGUAUACUUAAAUUGAUGCUCUACUUCAUACGAAACAUUGCCAUCAUCUCUACAAAUGCACGCCUGGCUGCCGACGGCGAAGAAGAGGAGACUUCUAGAUCGGCUACUAUCGAUGCAUUCCAACAACAAGAUGCGUUUGCCCUCCUUCUAACCAUGUGCUCAAAUGUUGGCGACGACUUCAACCUACAGGACGUGGUAUUGCUGGAGAUUCUUUUCCACCUCGUGAAAGGCGUAAAUGUCGAGAAACUUUUCAUGGACGAGGAUCAGAAAAGGGCGAAGGGAAACAAUGAACUGGGUGACCUUUUGCGCAAGGAGAAUAAAGUACGCAGAGAAUACGCCAAAAAUGCGCCAACCCGACAUGGACGCUUCGGUACUAUGAUCUGGGUCAAGCGGGAUGAUGCCAAGGUGUCGACCGUUUCUGGGCAGAACGUUCUGCGCGACGACCAAACCACCCUGCAAAAGAUGGACGAGAGUAAGAAAUGGAACAAACCUCAACCUCGUCGCAAACAGGAAGAUCCUGUUCAAAACAACAAUUUCAACAUGCCUGCGCAUCUUUCCUCGUCUGCAUCGAAGAAUCUGCGACAAUUUGUGGAGGAAUUCCUGGACUCCGGCUUCAACCCGUUGUUCACCCACGUUCGAAAGGCGAUUGAGCGUGAAGCAGAGCGGGUUCUGGAAAUCAAUUCGCGUCAAUUCUUUUACGCCGUUGGCUGGUUUCUAGAAGCGGAGCGCACCCGACGAACUCGGCAGAUGAAGCAACACAUUAAGAGUGGGAAAAAGGCAAAGGACAUGGAGCCGGACAGCUAUGGUUUGGUUGCUGGUGUCUUGAACCAGGAGACCUUUAUUUCCCUAAACCGUGCCAUGCAGAAUAGCCUCGACAAUAAGGAGUGGGAGGAUCUCACGGCGCAGAUGCGCUGUUUCACGCAGAUUCUGUUGACCGUCCAGGAAAUGGCUGCAUCGCCACUCGACGAAGACCAGGAAAUUGCCGAAAAUAUUCAAAACCGUAUUUUCUAUGAAGAGACGACCCACGAGCGCAUCAUUGCCAUUGUGCGCGGCUACAAAGACCAAGGAUUUGGCUACCUUGAUGCUGCUACAGAGCUCGUGCAUGUAUUCUUGAGAAUGCUUGAGCGUUACUCCAAGGAGAACGCUGACAUGCAGGUCCGAUCCCGAAAAAGGGCCAGGCGCAACAAGAAAAAGGCCGCCCAAGCUAAUGGACAAGACGAAGACGACAACGAGGAAGCACAUAACUCAGAAGACGAAGACAUGGAAGAUGUUAACCGAUCUGUAAAAGAGCGUGCGUUUGAUUUCAAGCGCUUCGCGUCCAAGUUUUGCAACCAGAAAUGCGUCGACACGUUUGUUGCAUUUACCGAGUUCUAUCGUGAACUGAGCUCGGAGCAACUGAAACGUGCUCAUCGUUACUUCUAUCGCAUUGCAUUCAAGCAGGAAAUGACGGUCUUGUUGUUCCGCUUAGAUAUCAUCAAGCUGUUCCACAAGAUGAUCAAGGGACCUGGUGGGAUAGACUCUAGCGAUCCUGUCUUCAAAGAAUGGGAAGAGCUGGUCCGUCAGCUUAUUCGACGACUCGUCAAGAAGAUUGACCAACGUCCUGCCAUGAUCACGGAGUUAUUGUUCAGCAAGAUGAAUUCCACAGUGUUCUACCUGGAGUACGGACAUGAAAGACAGACCAUCUCUACUGCCAAGCGGGCGCCCGCUGAGUUAGAGUUUACUUCAAAAGAAACAAUGAAUAAGGAAUCCAAGCUGGGAGUUGUAGCCGGCGCCCUUGCCCUUGAUGGUAGGGCCGAUCUCGCAAAAUGGGUCGUCGAUGUUUUGAGCUCGGCAGCCUCCGAGAGAGAGUCCUGGGAGCAACAAGAUGAAGCCCGCCGCGCAGAGGAUCCGGAGGCUGCCAGCGCCCCCAAUCCCAUGAUUUACGUGAAAGCCCGCGACGAGUUCUGUCAAAAUGCCAUGUUCUCCAAUGCGAAGCUCCGACUUCUCAUGGGCGUGGUUGGAUUUGAACGAAUCGGCGUGGAAGAUGUGCCUGGUGCUUCUUGGGUGAUCCCGCCGACUUUGACUUCAAGUGAUUUGCGGGAUGCCAUUUCGAAUAUCAGCCAAACACUUGUCAACCCAAUGCCGGAAGGCAGCACUGAAGACCCUCGUACUCUGCUUGCACGCAAGAAUGCCAGUGCUCGGAAUAGCUCGGCUCAUGAGCUCAUUGACGUCAACUUUGGAUCAGACUCGGAGGGUGAAGAUACUGUGCCUGAUGGAAUCUUAUUCCCCCCAAACCCUCGAUCAAAGUCCAAUGCCUUGGACGAGCUAAAGAAGAAACGAAAGAAGAAAAUCAAGACCACAUCGGAGCAAGAACCUUUGGAUGAUGAGACCUUAGAGGCUCGUCGACAGUUCCGUCUCUCCAAUACUUUAGCCCGCCAGCAAAAGAUCAAGAGUGACCUUUUCAUUCAUGCUAGCGAUGAAGAGAGCGACAUGGAAGCAGAUGCGGAAUUCUUCCGACUGGAAGAGGGACGACGGCUAGCACAGGCGGAGAACAUCAAAAAAGCCAUGCUCCAUGGCAUUGUGGAAACUUCUAUUGCUAAAGGCAAAAAGAAGGCGGCUGUCCGCAAACGCCAAAGUGACACGGGCGUCUCUGCCGACGCAGGACCAAAGCGUCGACGACGUGGUUCUGGCUCCACCGGGAGUGGAAUGGACAGUGACGGCAACGAUGAUAUCCUCAUGGCGGAAAUGGAAGCUCAAUCCCCUCAAUCACCACAGGAAGCGUCUACAAGCAAGGGCUCCCGAGACAACGAAGACACUCCUCUUACAUCGGCCGAGGAUGAAAUGGAUUUUGAUGAGGAUUUUGCGAUUAGUCGGAACCGAAACCUGAAGCCUGUUGUGGCCGAAGGUGAUGCAGAUGAAGAUGACGAGGACGUCCCGGUUGUAUCAUCUCGCCGGCGUGUAGGAGGCUUUGUGAUCGAUAGUGAUUCCGAGUAA